AUGGGCUCGAGUUGUGUGUCCUGCAAUCGCACCUUUAGGAGUGAAGAAAGCCUCAGGCAACACUUGCGAGACUCUCCUGCGCACGCCUUCAAUUGUGAGACCUGCAAUCGCAGCUUCGGAAGCGCCGAAGCCCUCAAGCAGCACCUGCGGGAUUCUCCCCUCCACAAGCAACCUCCCGAGACCCCUCUGGACAGCUUCUUUCGCUCGUUCCCGACCUUUGUCUACGAUCCAUCUCUUCCGCCGAGCACUUCCUACGCCCAACUGCGCAAGCACCAAGGCUGGCGGCGGGACGACACCGCGUCAAAAGUCGCUUGGAGUCGAUACCAGGACGCGUUGGCGAGCGAAUUGCGCAUGUGGUACGGUUCAGAGGACGACCUGAAGGCGUGGCAUGCUCUGUGUCGUGCCAUUGGUGUCACGCCGCUCCCAAGAACGUGUCGGCAAUGCGAGCAAGCCGUACGGAGGACACAUGUCAACAUUGUCGAUUUGAUCGAGUGGGGCCGACGACGUGGUGACACCGACCAUGACCGAGUUCCGACCUUUCGCAACGUGGCAGAGCUGCGAACAUAUACCAGGAAGACGAGCAAGAUAUUUCGUAACACACUCGAGAACGACAGUGUUGUUCUCCGACAUUUGCUUCGCCACAUCUUUGGCACAAGGCGAUGA